UCUUUAAGUCUUUAUAGAAACCAGACUAAGGGCUAUAUCAAUGACACAAAACCCAGAUAAAAAUAUAUUUCCCUUCCUUCCUAAAACCAUAGUGUUAACAUUUUUCUAGAGUUUAGAUAUCCGUUAUGGCCACGACGACGAUCGACAAGGGCAGGGUUCGGAGCAUGAUGACGAUGUCUGAUGAGGACCUGAUGAUGAAGCAGGUUGAGGAGGCUCACGCCCCCGACGGACACGAGUUUGAAGUGGAGCCGCUCCUUUAUCUAGUUGAAAAUAUCCUCGACCGCGCCACCUUAAAUGUUGACACCGACGUCGCCCCCGUGUUCACGGCGGCAUACAUGGCGGACGAGACUUUCGAGGCCAGCAUCACCACCAUGCUCGACGCGUUGUCCUAUACCAUCAGUCGGAUUUCUGGCGAGCUAUCUGAGAAGGCGCUGACCGGGGGCGAGGCGCACAAGACGACGCUCUCCAUACUCAACAUGCUCGCCCCCUUCUCCUGGCACGCCAAGCUGGUGCUGACCCUUGCGGCCUUCGCCUUCAACUACGGCGAGUUCUGGCUCUUGAACCAGGUCUACUCCUUCAACCAGCUCGCCAAGCCGAUGGCUAUCCUGAAGCAGCUGCCCGUGACCAUGGAGCACUCGGGCGCACUCAAGUCCCGGCUUGACAAGCUCAACAGCCUCAUCCAGACCAUGCUUGAAGCGACCGGGUUCGUGGAUGAACUCAGGAUACUUUCCUCAACUUUGGAUGAACUCAGCAUACUUUCCUCAGCUUACAUCCCCAGCGAGGUCCCCGAGUUGUCAGCCGCCAUGGCCCGCGUCCCAUAUGUCGUCUACUGGACCAUAAGAAGCGCUGUGUCUUGUGCUAGCCAGGUCACCAACCUCACUAGCUUCAGCCACGAGUACAUAACAUCCAAAACUGAGGCAUGGGAGCUGUCAACCUUGGAUCACAAACUGAAGACCGUAAAAGAAUAUUUGCAGGAGCGAUGUAUCACAUGUCACCGAUUAGUAAGCGCGGAAAAAGAGCAGCACGACAAAGCCUAUCAGACUCUCCCGAAUCACCUUAAAGCCAUCCACAUUGACAAUAUGAAGAUCCUGAAGUCUCUGAUUUAUCCCAAGGAUGAUAUUCUGCCGCUUGUGGAUGGGACUACAAAGACAAGGGUCAACAUCGAAGUCCUGAGGGGGAAGAAUGUGUGGCUGCUGAUCUCAUGGCUGGACAUCUCACAGCACGAGCUGUCCAUCCUAAAGCAGAUCCACAGCGAGUCCAAGCUGCAUGCGACAACACAUGAGAUGGUGUGGAUCCCCGUGGUGGACCACUCGGUCAAGUGGACCAAGGGAAAGCAGAAGCAGUUCGAUGACCAGCAGUCCACGAUGCCGUGGUACACCGUGCUCCACCCACGCCUGAUCAGCAAGGUGGUGAUCCAGUUCGUCAAGGAGAUGUUGCACUUCAGGAACAAGCCCAUCCUGGUGGUGCUUGACCCACAAGGCAAGGUUCUGUGCCCCAAUGCCAUUCACAUGAUGUGGAUUUGGGGAAGCAUUGCCUUCCCUUUCACUACACCAAGAGAGGAGGCUCUGUGGAAGGAAGAGACAUGGACGCUUGAGCUUCUCGUCACUGGCAAUGAUCAAAAAAUUCUGAAUUGGAUUAGAGAUGGCAAGUACAUAUUCCUGUACGGUGGCAAUGACAUCGAGUGGAUCCGCACGUUCACCAAGUCAGCACGGCAGGUCGCGCUGACAGCGAGGAUUCUGCUGGAGAUGGUCUAUGUUGGCAAGAGCAGCAAGUGGGAGCAGGUGCAGCGCAUGACUGCCAUCAUCAACAAUGAGAAGCUGAGCUACACCUGGCAGGACCCGACCAUGGUGUGGUUAUUCUGGACCCGGCUCGAGUCUAUGCUCUUCUCGAAGAUCCAGCUCGGGAAGGCGGACGAGCACAACCCCGCGAUGCAGCAGAUCAAGAGGCUGCUCAGCUUCGACAAGGCCGGGGGGUGGGCGAUGCUGAGCCGGGGGUCGAGCAUCACGAUGAACGGGCACGGGACCACGGUCUUGCCGGCGCUGCUAGAAUACGACCUGUGGAAGGGGAACGUGGUGACCAAGGGGUACGGCGUGGCGUUCAAGGAGCACCACGACAGGAUUCAGGACUUGAUGCCCCUAUGCUGCCAGUUGGAUUUCCAGAGCACGGUCCCGGAGAGCAUGCGGUGCCCGGAGUGCCACAGUCUCAUGGAGGAACUCACCACCUUCUUCUGCUGCCAUGAUGAGGUAGUUCCCAGCAUCUAUGAGUGAUCAAUCAAUCAAAGCCUUUGUAUGGAGGAGGGUCGAGGGAUAUAUGAAUGUCUUGUGGGACAUAAUAAAAGGCCAUGUGUUUGCUUACAUUUUCUCUACUCAGUAAGAAUAGAGAGAGGGACCCUUUGAUGAGUUCUGUCCUCUCAAGAUUUUGCA